AUUGUUAAGCUUGCUCUGAGAACGCCAUUCUUCUUCAAUGGCGUCUUCAUUUUCUUCGUCGAAUGCAGGUGAAUUUGAUAUGUUCCGCUUCUUGCGUGCUGCCUGCGACGGAAACUUGCCUCUGUUUAAGACUCUGGUGAACGAGCUUCAGAAGUUAGGGCUAAAAAUUGAGGAUGUACGCGAUGAGAUUGGUCUAACUGCUUUGCAUCUUGCGGCAAUGAAAGGAAGAAUUGAGGUCUGCAAGUAUCUUGUGGAGGAAGCAAAGGUUGGCAUUGAUUUGAAGGAUCUGAAAUAUGGCAACACUCCUUUACAUCUAGCAAUAUUGAAGGAGCAGUUUCCGACUGUUGUUUAUCUGCUUGAGAAUGGCGCAAAUCCAGAUUCCGUAGCUCACAGGUGGCAGAUUAAGGAAGGUGCCGAAGUGUAUCAAACAAUUGAUACUGGCACACUAUUGCUACUUUCAACAAGCAAGGAGCAGAAGGAUUUUGUGAAGGUUUUGCUGGAUGACAAAGCUAAUCCAAAUGUGAUUUCGUAUGAUUUAAUGACACCAUUGAUGGUUGCUGUCGGUGUUGAAUCAAUUGAAUGUGUUAAUAUACUGCUAGAGGGAGGAGCUGAUCCAAACCUCUCUGGUUCAAAAGUAUUAACACCUUUAGCACUUGCUGCUUGUGGAGAAAACACAGAAAUUAUUAAUCUCCUUUUAAAAUUUGGAGCUAAACCAGAUGAUACUACACGUUCAGGGAUGACACCGGUUGAAAUUGCUGCAUCGAAUGCUUUUCAUGAGGUUAUGCUGGAAUACGCAAGCAUGUUUGCUCCAAUGAGGCAGAAGAGGAGAGGCAGCGGAAGUUACAGGAGCAUUAUUUGCCGUCGGUAUCAAAAGGGAGAAGCAGCUUUCUACACGGAGGAUUAUUUUGCUGCAAUAAAGUGGUACUCUGAGGCAGCAGAAGCUGAUCCACGUACUGAAGCGGAUAUGUUCUCCAACCGAAGCUUAUGUUGGAUCCGCUUGAAUGAAGGAGUGCUUGCAUUAAAGGAUGCUGAAGUUUGCAUUCAAAAAAGGCCUUGCUGGUCAGAGGGAUACCAUAGGAAGGGUGCGGCAUUGAUGUUAUUGAAAGAUUUCAAGGAAGCUGUUGAUGCCUUCUCUGCUGGUUUGAUGUUGAAGCCUGGAGAUGAGGAUCUUACAAAUGGUUUGAGGGAGCUAUCAAAUCCCUACAAAAUAAUCUGCAAUAACCCAGUCAAUGAAGUUUCAUAUAGCUUGCAUGCUCUUCCAAGGUUGGCUCUGUCCUAUCUCAAUCUGUCAAAUGGGAGAUCAAAACAAGUGAACCUUUAAAUACUAAUUUCUUUUGGUUGGAUUUUGGAAGUUGUAAGCUGGUCUAAAAUUGUGGACUUUUUAGAAUCUUACGUUUUAAGUUGCUGUGCUUCAUACUUUGCAGUUCAACUGGAAGCUUCUUUAAAACUCAUUUCGGAGUUUCUGUUUCUGAGAAAUGCAAUUUGCCAUUUACAUGUACUCCACGUUUUAUCUUUUGUUCCAAGAACCAGAAGAUGGCAAAAAGAACCCCGAAUUCUUGCCAGCUGUAUCUUCUUAAUCCCCUCUCAUGUCAACUUAAAUGAAGCACAUCAAAAAUG